AAGGCGAUUGAUAUUCUGCGAAUGUGCGACAACAUCGGCAAAUACGAGAAACGGCAGAAGGAACUGCGCCUGGAACUAGGCCGACUAUCCAAACUCACAAAGUUCAACACAACAAACGAGAUACUUCGCACAGAACACCGAGAGAAAGUCAGGUUGAUCUUCGAGUGCAAACGCGCAGAGAUCGCCCGCGAAGAGGCGUACCAAAAGGUGCUAGCAGAGGCGGACGACUUCAUCCAGCGCUACGGUAACACUCCCAUUCGGUUGGGUGAGGCUAAUGAGGGUGGAGCGUUGCAGACGCGUACGGUGUUGUCUGGGGCUCUGUUUGCUGAGGAUGGACAGGACAUUAAGAACGAAGGCUUCAAAGCCGGCACAGGCGCAAUCUUUGGACUGGUGGACGAGUCUCUGUAUGCCCCAAAGGGCACCGCAGGUACCCCCCUAACCUCAGGGGCAGCCACCGCCGCAACUGCGCAGAAGGGAAUGUCCCUUGCAGAUCAGUUGAAAGCCAAACAACUCACUGAGCCUGUGGCUGCGGAUGGCGUCAAACCACCACCUCCACCACCGCCCAUGGGUGGUCCAGGAGGACCCCCUCCCCCACCCCCUCCACCCCCCCCGGGUAUGAAAGGUAAGUUGUAUGUGUCGUGUACACAUGCGACGCAGGUGGAUGCAGUCAAUCGAAGAGAUUCAACGCAUAUGCAAAUGCCCAACAUCCUGGCUGAUGUCCGUUCUGGUCGCGCCUUCACCCGUAAUCACGACAUGCCUGAGAUAGAGGAUGCGGCCAAUGAACUGACCAAGCGCAUGACCCAGUACUACGGCCCCACCACCGCUUCUAUGGAAGACCUCUCUGAGGCUGUCGCGUGA